AUGAUUCCUCGUACAGCAUCCCGGGCACUUUUCGCCUCCAUUCGGCCAUCUGUCCGUUCAUCGAUCCCUCGAGCCAGUGCCAUCCGCCCUGCGGCGUCGCAAUUCACUCGCGGCUUCCAGUCCUCCCCAGCAAUUCGCAAGGGAAUCCACCCAGAGUCCGCGGACCCCCCGGCUCCAAACCCACAGUCUGCACCAGUGGCUGGAGCUGCUAGUCACAUCACCGAGCCUUCGCCAUUGUCAGCAGAGGAGUACUACGAGUAUUCGGAGCACUAUUUCAAUGUGCUGCUAGCUCACCUUGAGUCGGCGCAAGAGGAGGGUGCCGAUGUUGAAGGAGAGUACAGUGCUGGCGUUCUUAACGUUUCCGUUCCCGCAAUUGGCACCUUCGUGCUCAACAAGCAACCACCCAACAAGCAAAUCUGGCUCAGCUCACCUAUCUCUGGGCCCAAGCGAUUCGACUGGAUUGUCGAGGGCGACUACAUGCAUGAGAAGCAGGAUUCGCGACCUUUCGUCAAUGGGCAGUGGAUUUACCUGCGUGAUGGAACUAACUUGACCGAUCUGCUGAACUCGGAGUUGACUUUGCGUCUACCCCAGGAUAUCUACAGUGAGAUUGUUGAGUAA